AGUCCGCUGAGUCACGUUAAGAAAAAAAAAAAAAAGCCCUGACUGCAGCAGAGCUGGGCGAGAAACACGGAAGUGAUCGUCAGCUGCGGGGCCAGCGCUAUAUAUACGGGUCACCCUGCACCCAGCUACAGACCACAGGCUGCCCAGACUCAGCACUCAUCACCUCGCACAGAAGACGAGAAGCCAUGUCCGCCACACCGGGAGAGAGCGACCUGUACGGAUCCGGGCCCAGAGAGGAGGAAAAUCAGCCCCUGAGGCCGACAGAUCUGUCCGAGCUCCUCAAGGAAGGAACUAAGGAAUCUCACGAGAAGGCGGAAAAUACCAAGUUUGUGAAGGAUUUUCUGAAGGGUCAAAUCAAGCGAGAAUUGUUCAAGCUGGCCACCGGCGCCCUUUACUACACGUAUUCUGCGCUGGAGGAGGAGCUCGAUCGGAACAAGGAGAACCCGUCCAUCACUGCCCUGUAUUUCCCUCAGGAGCUGCACAGGGCGGAGGCUCUGAAGAAAGAUGUCGCCUACUUCUAUGGAGAAGAUUGGGAGGACACUAUACAGUGCUCCGAGGCCACUCAGGCUUACGUGGACCGGAUCCACCACUUGGGUCGUCACAAGCCAGAGCUGCUGGUGGCUCACGCCUACACCAGGUACAUGGGGGAUCUGUCAGGGGGACAAGUCCUGAAGAAGGUGGCCCAGAGAGCCCUGCAUCUACCCGGCACCGGGGAAGGAAUCCAAUUCUACCUGUUUGAUAAUGUCACAAACGCCCAGCAGUUCAAGCAGCUCUACAGGGCCCGACUCAACACCCUGGAACUGAGCGAUGAGGCCAAGAAGAGCAUUGUGGAGGAAGCAAACAAAGCCUUCCAGUUUAAUAUGAACGUUUUUGAGGAGUUGGAUAAAAUCGGAGCCACCAUCCCGGAUGAACCACAAGAAGACGGUCUUCCGGUGCACGACGGGAAGGGAGAUCUUCGGAAAUGCCCCUACUAUGCUGCUAAAGGUGCCGUCGCCUCAGGUUGUCCACUCCACGCUGUCGUGGCUCUUACCAGUCGUCCUGAAGUAAAAGCGGUGCUAGCUGCCUUUGCCGCCGCCAUUGCUGCCACCAUCGCUUGGUACCUCAUGUGAUUGGGGUCCCACCGCGGGGACACAGGAUGAUUUUUGGGGCUUUCAAUAAAUCCAGGACUUAAUGAAGAUUUUAUGAAGAUUUUCAUUUCUAGAAUCCGCCAUAAUGCCCCUCCCCCAAGGCACAUUAGACGAUGCUGUGAACUUGACCUGCUUGAUCCGUAUGGACUCUGCCAUAAGUGAACCGCCAAGGUUCAGGGGCAAUUAACUCCUUCAUGUCCAGAUUGCAUAUAUUACCGCCUACGGUAAGAGGUCAGUGAUCCCCAGGCACACAUUAGGUUUUAAGAAGCCGUCCCCGUGCUUUACUCCCCAUAUAGUAAGCAUGGCGGUAUAGUAAGGGACGCCCAUCCCCCACUCGUGUUAGAUGACAGGAUGUAGCCAUAUGGAACCAAUAUAUGCAACGCUCCCAAAGACAAUUUCAUGAAUUUAAAGUGUUACGGUUUGGUGCUGCCACGAGAGGAAUCCAUCUUGUUAUAAGGAGCCAGGAUUCCUUGUAGAUUUUUAGAUCCCCCUCCCCCAUUGCUGAGGUUUUUGCACUAAGACGACAGUAUCUCGUGCCUGUAUUCCUUGCUCAAGCUGGAAAUCAUUCACUUCUUUAUGCGUUACAUUUUUUACUAAUUAUUCUGCCUCUAGGAAAGCUGGGUGACUGCCAUCAUGGCCGCCGUACAGCUUUUCUAGUGGCUUCAGUGGGAUCCCGCCUUGUGCUGCCACAUGCGUCUCUUAUUGUUACAUGGACCUGCGGAGGGUUGAUGGCGGCCAUAUUGGUUCGUGAGCGGUAGAGAGGACGAUUCAUGCACUUAUUUA